CAGGACAGGUCCCGCCCACCUGCCCACCUCGCGCUGUCUGGCUGCUGCUUCCUAGGGGAGGCCCUGGGAGCCAUCGGGAACCCUGAAGUCCUGGAGCUGCUGAAGGAAUAUUCCACGGACCCUGUUGUUGAGGUGGCCGAGACCUGCCAGCUGGCGGUCCAGCGGCUGGAGUGGCUGCAGCAGCACCGCGGGGAGCGGGUGACCGGGCCCUACCUCUCGGUGGACCCAGCCCCGCCGGCGGAGGAGCGCGACGUGGGGCGUCUGCGCGCCGUGCUGCUGGACGAGUCCCAGCCGCUGUUCGAGCGCUACCGCGCCAUGUUCGCGCUGCGGGACGCCGGCGGCCAGGAGGCGGCGCUGGCGCUGGCUGCAGGUGAGGAGGCCCCCGACGCGAAGCUCCUUCUGGAGGGUGAACUGAGCGCGCCUGCGCCCGGGCCGGCGCUUCGGGGCCGCGUGGCUGCUCCGGCCGGGCCUGCGCGGGGGCCACGUUCUCUGUCCCCGCGGGCGGUGCCGGCCCGGACACCGGCUCCUCCCCGGGACGCAGAGCCUGCCCUGCUCACCCGGCUCGCCGCCCGCAAUCU